CGUUUGGGUCUUUGGCUGUUUUAGGUGACCGCUGAACCGCCCAGUGAGGAAAAUCAGCAGGAUGUCUUUGUCAGAAUCUCUGAAGAAGCAGCACUGCCGUCAUCAGGAGUAUCGCCGUCGGUGAUCGACGGCUCGUCAUCAUACUAUCCGUCAUCACCCCCUGGCCCCGAGUGCACGGAAGAAAUCAUAGAAAUAGAAACUGGGAUGCGUUUCUCCGAGACGGAGAAUUUACUGUUGGAAAACCUGAAUGUUGAGAAUAAACGCGCCCGUCAUACCGGUAGAUUUCUUACCAUGCAUAAAAGAAGACGCAAAAAACUUACUACGAGAUCAUUAAAUCAAGAACCAGGUCUUCUGGACGAUAUCUUUCACGGACAAGUUCAGUGCGUGCUGCAGAGGGCCGGUCACUGGCGUUUCAAUGCUUUCACCCUGGAGACAGUGUCCGGAGGUCGUUCAUUACCAGUAUUAUGCGUUCACUUGUUUCAAUCUUACGGACUCAUAAAUCGCUUUAAUUUGGACGUUGUUAGAGUUUGGAAACUUUUUGCGUUAAUUGAAGAGGGUUAUCACAGUACAAAUCCUUAUCACAAUAGCAUACAUGCUACGGACGUGACUCAAGCUAUGCACUGUUUUCUUCAAGAGGACAAGAUCCGCCGGCAUCUGACGAGUCUAGAAGUGAUGGCCUCCUUAAUAGCAGCUGUAACUCACGACCUGGACCACCCAGGAGUAAACCAACCCUUUUUAGUAGCCACCAGCAACCAUUUAGCUACUCUCUACGAGAACACUUCAGUCCUGGAGAACCACCACUGGCGUUCAGCAAUCGGCUGCCUCCUAGAAUCCGGAGUGUACCAACAACUAUCCCCGGAAUUACGUCCCCCUCUUCAACAGCACAUCAGCUCUCUAAUCCUCGCAACCGACAUAACCCGCCAACAAGAGUUCCUAGCGCGUUUCAAAACCUACCUAGACACCCGCGAACUCGACAUGUCCUCGCCCAAUCACCGCCAUUUUAUCCUCCAAAUCGCGCUAAAAUGCGCGGACAUUUCCAACCCUUGCCGGGCUUGGGACAUCUCUCGUAAAUGGUCCUACAAAGUCUGCGAAGAGUUCUUCCGCCAGGGGGACUACGAGCGCCAGUUGAACCUCCCAGUCACUCCCUUAUGCGACAGAACCGUGAUGUCAAUUCCAAAGAUCCAAGUAGGCUUCUUUGAAUUCGUAGUAACCCCCCUGUACCAAGAAUGGCACCGGUUCCUCAACUCAAGCCCCCUAAGCUUAAAAUUAAUGUCGAACCUCCGCUCCAACCACCAGCGCUGGCAAAAAUUGACUAACUCAGACGUUUCCCCCUCCUCAUUGUCCCCGAACAACUCAGUGACGUCAAACGGUUCCAGGAACCGUUCCGGUGCCCCCUCUCCGGAGACUUCAAUGCUUCGGGCAUCUUCGGAGGAACUGUCUAGCGUAGAGCUGCCAUCUAUCACCAACCAAGGAACCUCAAGCGUCGCAGCUUCGCUGACAGUUCCACUGAACGUCCACGGGCGGCGCCACUCGGUUCCACUGAGCUUGAACAAGUCUUCUAGGAUUGGCCGAAGGCGCGAGAGUGUUCCUUGUACUCCAGAGUUCCCAAAAAUAUUUAAAAAUUCUUCGUUUAAUAAAUUGUCCUCCUUGUCGCUCCUUUCUACUCACAGUGACGUCAGUUCCGAGAACGAACGCCCGGUUAGUGCCGAGAACUUGCUCCCGGAACCGAGUAUUGCUAGUAUAACCAGUGCUGCCGCUGCGAGCAAAUUGUGCAACAUUCUUCAGCCGGAAAGAGCGGGAAAAUUAACCAGGCAGCAAACUUUCCCGCCAUUGCAGCCUUGUAAUCGGACGAGGUACAUGUCUACUACCGCAGAGAUGGCGCAGUGUAGAGGAGAGGAGCUUAAGGAACAAGAGGAGGGGGAAGAGAACAAGGAGAGGAAGAAGAAGAAGAAGUUAGAUUCUAGGAGUUAUACUCUAGUAGAGCAAAAAAUUGAAAAGAAGUUUACCGACCGUCGGUACUCCGUUCAGGUGAUUGCCGAUAAAGAAGAGCGGACGUUCAGGAGCCAUUCUGUGACCGACACGGCCGCCAUUUAUGCGAACUUGACCAGCAGGAAGGAUUCAGAAUCGAAUUCUAAUUCUAAUUCAAGAGAAAUUGAGCUUGGGGAGUUUCAGGAGGAAGACUGGGGAGGGGAAGAGAAUACUGGGGAUGAGUGUAGACCUCUACCGGGGAAGGUGAGGGAUGAUAGGAGGUUCAGCACGCCUGUUGAUGGGCUUAAGGGAACCAUUUUUGAGGCUAGGAGGUUUACGGAACCCAGGGUCUUCUUUAUCGGCAGUCCGCCGGAGUCUCCGCCGAGGAAGAGUAAUUCUUCGUCGAGUGAGGGCAGUGAGAAGGUGGGCGAGGAGGUUUCUAGGGUUAGAGCGGUUAAGAUUAUCAAGCUUGAGACUAAGGAGAAUGUCGAUCCCAGGGGGGAGGAUGGGAAAAGAAAGGGAUGGACCAGAAGAGGGUCAGCGCCUGUUGGCCUCAUGGCGAGAAUUGAUGAUGCGGGGGGAAGGAGUGAUAGGAGGGGAUCUGUUCCUACGGAGACUGAACAAGUAACUGGAAGAUCAGCACUAGGACCACGAGAAAAUGUUCCAUUACCACGAAGAGCUAGUCUUCCCCAAGAAACUGCGUUAAAUAAUCUUUUAGGAAUCUCAACAGACUACCGGGAAAAUUACCCGCUGAACAAUAACAACCUUGGAGUGAACAACAACACGCAGAUCCAGCAAAUCCGGCUAGUAGAAUCAGUAAGCUCCAGCGGAAUAGGAAUUCCGUCAUCUCCAAGACGCGGCUCGGUUCCAGCAGACAUCUCAGAGCUGCGCCGGGAGUAUUUAAUCCGGAACGCCAGCAGCGCCGGCGUUACUGCGCAGAACAAGUCUCGGAACAACCGAAAAAAGUCACUGCGCCGGCGCAGUUCCGGGGGCCCUGAAAUGUUCUCAAAUCCCACCGACGACAAUGACAACGCCAGUAAGUGCGGCUGGAAGCGUGACUUCAAACGCGACUCAAGUAUUCCAGAACCUAGUGUAUAA